UUUAAGAUUACAGAGUCCCAUAUCCUAAAAUGUCAAAUUUUUUAUUUACGCAUGCAUUAUAUAUCAAUCGAUAAAAUACAAUCAGUGCCCAGCGAAACGUAAAAAUCGAUUGGUGUCUAAACAAUCGAAAUUUAGAUUAAUGAAUUAGGCUACAGGAAACGAUCGACAAAAUAUGAUGAAGAAUGGAAGAAUUAACCGAAUCGCCCGAAUUAACAAGCCUGACUUCGAAUGAACAUGAAAAGCCAGAGAUUGAUCCAUUGGGGAUCUACGAAGGCGAAAGAAAUGAGAAUGGUGAGAGGCAUGGAAACGGAAAGACUUUGCUACCAAAUGAUGACAUGUAUGUUGGUCAAUAUCGUAAUGGAUUUAGGCAUGGCAAAGGAAUCUACGUAUUUAAAAACGGUGCCCGAUAUAACGGCGAUUGGAGAGACGGACAGAAAUACGGGCAAGGAAUCUUUUGGUACCCUGAUGGAACGCGAUACGAAGGGGAAUGGAGACGCGACGCGAAGCACGGUUUCGGCAUUUAUUAUUAUAUGAACAAUGACAUUUACGAGGGCUCGUGGAAGGAUGAUCUUCGUCAUGGUAUAGGAACAUAUUUAUACGCUGAUACAGAAACGAAAUUUAUGGGGACAUGGAUGGAAGAUCGCAUGCAAGGACCCGGACAACUCAUUCAUCCGUGCUGUCAUUUUCAUGGUUUUUGGAAGCUGAAUUUGCCAUAUGGACGUGGUUGCUUCACUUUUGAAAACGUGUGUAUGCAGCAUGGUCAUUAUAUAUAUGUGAGAGAUCCCAUGUUUGAUGACUCAACUUUGAUAAACACGGAUAAAAUCAUGGAAGUAAAAUUCGAAACCGAUAAUGACGACAAAACAUUGACGACGUCAACAUUGAAAGAAUCAUCCCUGAAAAUGGGCUUUCUACCAAUAUGGCGCGCGCGUUGUAUUACUCCUUAUAACCCGGAGUUAUUGCCGCCGGAAACAGUAUCCCUGCGAGAGGAAGUAAUUAAAAUCAUAAUUACGUAUAUUUGAUAAUUCAAAUAUUACAUCGUAAUUAUCCUUCAUGCAAUCUGUUUUAAUACGUAUACCGAUACGUGGGUGACACUGAUGUCGAUUUCUUGAAUAACCAAUAGGAAAUUGAUAAAUCGGUUAAUACAGGUGGAUUUUAUAGCA